UCAGAUAUCUCUGAAGGCUUUUGAGUGUACCAUGCUGUUUUCCUGGAAAGGAGGCCCAGGAGCUCGGCUUUUGCUACUCUCGCUUCUGUUCCUUGUAGUCUGGGUGGCGGGGAGCGGCCAGGUCCACUACUCGGUUCCGGAGGAGGCCAAACACGGAACUUUCGUGGGCCGCAUAACGCAGGACCUGGGGCUGGAGCUGGCGGAGCUGGUGCCGCGUCUGUUCCGGGUGGCAUCCAAAGGCCGCGGGGACCUUCUGGAGGUAAAUCUGCAGAAUGGCAUUUUGUUUGUGAAUUCUCGGAUCGACCGGGAGGAGCUGUGCGGGCGGAGCGCGGAGUGCAGCAUCCACCUGGAGGUGAUCGUGGACAGGCCGCUGCAGGUGUUCCAUGUGGAGGUGGAAGUUACAGAUAUUAACGACAACCCGCCUGUGUUCCCUGAAAGUGAAAAAAGAAUAAUCAUUGCUGAAUCUAGACCUCCGGAAACUCGGUUCCCACUAGAUGGCGCAUCUGAUGCAGAUAUUGGAGUAAACUCCGCCUUGACCUACCGAGUCUAUCCCAAUGAUUAUUUCACUUUGGACACACAAAACAACCGUGAACAAACGUCUUCGUUAUCACUUGUGUUAAGGAAAUCACUGGACAGAGAGGACAUUCAGGAAUAUAGUUUAUUAUUGACAGCUAGUGAUGGAGGCAAACCUGAGCUGACCGGCACAGUUCAGCUGCUGAUUACAAUCCUGGAUGUGAAUGAUAACGCCCCAGAAUUUGAUCACUUAAUUUAUAAAGUGAGCAUGUUAGAGAAUGCAUUUAAUGGAACAUUAGUGAUCAAACUAAAUGCCACAGACCCUGAUGAUGGGACAAAUGCAGACAUAAUCUACUCAUUUAGAAGACCUGUAUCGCCUGCAGUAUUAUAUGCGUUUUCCAUAAAUCCCGGCAGCGGAGAAAUUCGGACAAAAGGUAAAUUGGAUUUCGAAGAAAAGAAAUUGUAUGAAAUACCCGUGGAAGCAAUUGACAAGGGGAAUAUUCCAAUGGCGGGUCAUUGUACCAUUUUGGUGGAAAUAGUAGAUAUAAAUGAUAACGCCCCAGAAGUUACCGUCACUUCUUUGGCUCUUCCGAUGCGAGAGGACGCUCAAGUGGGCACUGUCAUCGCCUUGAUCAGCGUGUCCGACCGUGACUCCGGCGCCAACGGACAGGUGACCUGCUCCCUGAUGCCCCACAGCCCCUUCAAACUGGUGUCCACCUUCAAGAAUUACUAUUCACUAGUGCUUGACAGCGCCUUGGACCGCGAGAGCGCGGCGAACUAUGAGGUGGUGGUGACAGCGCGGGACGGGGGCUCGCCUUCGCUGUCGGCCACAGCCAGCGUGUCCGUGGAGGUGUCCGAUGUGAACGACAACGCGCCCGCAUUCGCGCAGCCCGAGUACACGGUGUUCGUGAAGGAGAACAAUCCGCCCGGCUGCCACAUCUUCACGGUGUCGGCUCGGGACGCGGACGCGCAGGAGAACGCGCUGGUGUCCUACUCGCUGGUGGAGCGGCGGGUGGGCGAGCGAGCGCUGUCGAGCUACGUGUCGGUGCACGCGCAGAGCGGCAAGGUGUACGCGCUGCAGCCGCUGGACCACGAGGAGCUGGAGCUGCUGCAGUUCCAGGUGAGCGCGCGCGACGCGGGCGUGCCGCCUCUGGGCAGCAACGUGACGCUGCAGGUGUUCGUGCUGGACGAGAACGACAACGCGCCGACGCUGCUGCCCGGGCCAGGCGGCAGGGCGGGAGCGCUGAGCCAGCGGGUGGCUCGGUCGGUGGGCGCGGGCCACGUGGUGGCGAAGGUGCGCGCGGUGGACGCGGACUCGGGCUACAACGCGUGGCUGUCGUACGAGCUGCAGCCGGCGGCGGGUGGCGCGCGCAGCCCGUUCCGCGUGGGGCUGUACACGGGCGAGAUCAGCACGACGCGCGCCCUGGACGAGGCGGACGCGCCGCGCCAGCGCCUGCUGGUGCUGGUGAAGGACCACGGUGAGCCGGCGCUGACGGCCACGGCCACCUUGCUGCUGUCGCUGGAGGACAGCGGCCAGGCGCCCAAGGCCUCUUCGCGGGCGUCGACGGGCGCCGCUGGCGCGGAGGCCGCUCUGGUGGAUGUGAACGUGUACCUGAUCAUCGCCAUCUGCGCGGUGUCCAGCCUGUUGGUGCUCACGCUGCUGCUGUACACGGCGCUGCGGUGCUCGGCGCCGCCCAGCGAGGGCGCGUGCGGGCCCGGGAAGCCCACGCUGGUGUGCUCCAGCGCGGUGCGGAGCUGGUCUUACUCGCAGCAGAGGCGGCAGAGGUGUGCUCUGGGGAGGGGCCACCCAAGGCAGAUCUCAUGGCCUUCAGCCCCAGCCUUCCUCCUUGUCUGAGUUCUGCAGAGGUAACAGGUGAAAUAGAACCAGAUUCAGAACAGUUGAAAGAGCCCCGACAACCCAACCCUGACUGGCGUUACUCUGCCUCCCUGAGAGCAGGAAUGCAC